AUGCCAAACAAUCGGGUGGCCCCGCAACCACUAAAUGCGGAAACGCUUCGGAAUGGGAAUCUGAAGUUGCGGCGUGAUUCAUCGCAAUCACAUGCCUCGCAACAUACUGAGGAUGGGUCAAGCACGGCGCGGACGGCCAAAGGAGAGCAAAAAUAUUCAAAAAAAGAACUAAAAGAGUGGAAGCAAUUGUUUGGAAUGUUCGACACCGAUGGAUCGGGCGCUAUUGGGUCCGAGGAGCUAAAGAAAGCGAUGCGUGAGCUUGGGGUCGGAAUGAGUGACGAGCAUAUAGAGAACAUUAUUCGAGAGGUAGAUUCUGAUGGAAAUGGAGAAAUUGACUUUGAUGAGUUUUGUGCUUGCAUGAAGAAGUCGCAACGACUCGCCAAGGCCACAAAUGACGAGCUGAUUCGGGAAUGCUUCGAAAUUUUUGACCAAGACCGAAAUGGGGUGAUUACGGAGAAUGAAUUCAAGUACGUGGCCAAGGAGUUUGGCGAGUUCAGCGAUGAACUGGCCGACAAGGUAUUUCGAGAGCUGGACGUCUCCUCGGUUGGCCAUUUAUCCAUCGAUCAAUUUGCCGCGAUCGUCGAGGAUUAUCUAUUUUCGGAGCGCUCAGAGUACGGUGGACCGGGUGGUCUGUCUCGCGACGCGAGUCUACGAAGCCUCGAGCGACCCGAACAGCAGCCCUGGACGUCUCGAAGUCGUGGAGGGACCCGCAGCGAGUGUCCAAGAAUAGCCCUACCGGCGCCCGAGAUAUUCCCCGAAAAUAACUCGAAUCUUUGCGGGACCCUUUUCGGCUUGGGUUUGGAAUCAUUGGCUUCGAUUGCAAGCCCGAAAUAUCCGGAGCAUUACCCGUCAAAACAGGAUUGCGUUCGCGUGAUCCAGGCGAGCCCUGGGUAUGAUAUUGUCGUCAAGUUCAACCACUUUUUCCAGAUCGAAGACGCUUAUGGGAGCAAUCCGGCCCAGGAUCAGCCAUGUCCCAAUGAUUAUAUUGAAUUCCGCGACGGCCGGUACGGGUUCUCGACGCUGAUUGGGAAAUUCUGUGGCAAUGUGCUGCCCGCAGUGGAGAUUCGAGCAGUUUCAGGCUACAUGUGGAUGCGAUUCCACUCGGACGACUAUCUGGAGUAUAAGGGAUUCCACGCUACGCACGAGAUGGUUCGAUCUCUUGCGCCUGCCUAUAGUCAAGGGGCUAAUGAAUGUCACUUCGAGGUCCACAAUGCGCUUGAUGGAUGGAUCGACUCGAAGGCCAUUCAACAUGUCAGGCCGAACCCUGGCCCGGUGGAAUGCGUAUGGAGAAUUGAGUCACCGCCUCAUCUCCAGCUCUCGCUCUCAUUCGACCAGUUCGAGUUGGCCCGACCGAAUAAUUGUGAGGACAACUUUGUCGAAGUAUUCGCGGGCACUACUGGCACCCCGAUAAAGAGAUUAUGCGGUCUGAUGGCGUCGAAUAUCUACACGGGUGGCCAUGUAUUAUUCCUGCGUCUCCGGUUGUCUAGCGGAAAACUCGUUGCGCUGACCAAGAUUCGGGCUCUCUAUUCCUCAUUUAUCAAUGACAAAAACUGUUCUCUAAUCGACAUGCUCUCAUGCGGAGACGGCAAAUGCAUCCCCAAGGAAUUGGCCUGCAACCUGAACCGAAAUUGCCCGUACGCCUCCGAUGAGACACUAUGCACUGUAGUCGCCCUGUACGUAUGGUCAUUUCAUGCCCACACCUUUUGCGAACCGUUUGGCGAGAAGCUCGAGGCGCCGACACCCGUCGAAAAUGGCCAUCUCAAGCCGGAGCACGCUAUUUUGCAGCAUUAU